CACGACGUCACCACCGUUCCGCCUUCAUCACAGAACUCGCCGCGCGGAACCAACCACUGCAAUAUGUCUUAUCAAGGAUAUGGCCAGCCCUACGGCCAACCGCCGCCUCCCCAGGGUUAUGGCCAGUAUCCUCCUCCUCAACAGGGCCAAUAUCCUCCUCCCCAUGGACAAUACCCGCCAGCUCAGCAAGGGCAAUACGGCCAGUAUCCUCCCCCUCAGCAAGGAGGAUAUUACCAGUCUCCCCCGCCCCCUCCAGGCCAGUAUCCCCCACCACAAGCGCCUUACGGACAGCCGCCGCCUCAGCAAUACGGGGCCCCUCCUCCUCAACACCAACAACCCUACGGAGCGCCUCCUCCAGGACAAUAUGGAGCGCCUCCUCCCCAACAUGGGGCUCCUCCUCCGCAGCACGGAGGGCAUUACGGUGCCCCUCCCCCGGCUCCAUAUGGAGCUCCCCCUGUACAGCCUACGCCGCCGUCUCCUGGCUAUGGUGCCCCGCAGAUCAUUCAAUGGGAUGGUAACGCAGACGCCCAGGCUUUGCGCGGUGCCAUGAAGGGCUUUGGAACGGAUGAAAAGACGCUGAUUAAUGUCCUGUCACGGAAAGACCCUCUGCAGAUUGAUCUGAUCCGAUCAACCUAUGAGCGCACGUUCAAGCGCAGGCUGGUAGAGGACAUAAAGAGCGAGACAAGGAGUUGGUUCGAAUUUGGUUUGGUGCAGCUCGCCCGUGGUCCGCUGCUGGCUGAUAUUCAUAAUCUAUUCGAUGCCAUGGCUGGUCCGGGAACCAAGGAGGUCGUCAUGAAUGAUAUCCUAUUGUCGAGAUCCAACGCCGAUCUGAAGGCUAUCAAGAGCGCGUAUCAGCACACAUUCCGACGAAGCUUGGAGAGCGAUGUCAAGGGCGAAUUGAGCUUGAAGACGGAGAGACACUUCUUGAUAGUCUUGGCUGCCAAUAGGGCCGAGGACUCAGCACCAGUAAAUCCACAGCAGGUGGAAGAGGACGUCAUGAACAUCUACAGGUCGACCGAGGGCAAGGUCGGCACUGACGAGAUUCUGGUCUGCAGCAUUCUGAGUACCAGAAACGACAACCAGAUCCGAGCCAUCGCCCAUACCUACAGGCAAAAGUUCAACCGUGACCUGGAUACCGUAAUUCAGAGUGAAUUCUCUGGCCACAUGAAAGAUGCGCUCUUGUUUCAGCUUCGCCAUGCUGUUGACAAAUAUAUGCACGCUGCACAGCUUUUGGAGGACUCCAUGGCUGGUUUGGGCACCAAAGAUCACCUCCUCAUCUCCCGAACCAUCCGUUUCCACUGGGAUCGGAACGAGCUUGCAAACGUCAAGGGAGCUUAUUUGCAUCGAUACAAGAAGCCCCUGGCCGCCCGCAUCAGAGGAGAGACAUCUGGUGAUUAUCAGAAGUUGAUGAUUGCCUGCGUUGGAGAGUAAAAUACUGUUUCCUAGACCUGCAGGUUCAUUAAUGGAAACAGUAACAUGAUUACGCCCUAAUGGAAAGUUACACCUAGAUUCUUUAAUGAUGGCUGGAGAGCAUGAGGCGUUUGGAGGGCCUGUUUUACAUUGUAUCAACAAACCUUUGGCGAGGUACUAUCGGGGUAUCAAGUAGUACCUAGGGAAGUGGUAAAGUAGGUAGCCAAUUCUACUGGGCUAGGUAGUAUACCCAAUAAUAUCAAAACAAGAAUCAUGAAUCU